AUGACCUUAUUGAAUUCAGUUGCCCGGGCUGCCAGUCUCGUGUUAAACAGGUGGUUCAGUCGUUACACGAUGGCCAGUAAUCACCAGUGUGGUUUAGCUGUAGCACUAAACGAAAAGUCAUUACCACCUCCCCCUGAAUUUAUUAAACAUCGUGAAGAGUUAUGGAAUAAACUGAAAAGGGAAUAUGAUGGUUUCGUUGCUUCACAACCACGUUCACCUGUUCAGAUCACUCUACCAGAUGGAACUAUUGUGGAUGGAAAAGCCUGGGAAACUACUCCAAUGGAAGUGGCCAAAAAUAUUAGUAAAACUUUGGCUGAACAUGCUGUAAUCGCUAAAGUCAAUGGAGAAUUAUGGGAUUUAUUACGCCCUUUUGAAAAGAGUUCUAGCCUUGAGAUUUACAAUUUUGAUCACAAAGAUGGUCAAUAUGUAUUUUGGCAUUCAUCUGCCCAUGUUCUCGGUGAAGCCUUAGAACGUUGCUAUAGUGGACAUUUAUGCUAUGGACCACCUGUUGAGGAAGGAUUUUAUUAUGAUAUGUGGGUCCCUAAUCAACAACACUCUGGUCUCGGUCCAGAAGAUCUCUCUGUUGUGGAAAAUGUGUGUCAUAGUAUUUGUAAAGAAAAUCAACCAUUUGAACGUUUAGAAAUGAAAAAAGAAGAUUUAUUGAAAAUGUUUGCCUACAAUGAAUUCAAAUGUCGGAUAAUUCGCGAUAAGAUAGAUACACCAACUACUACAGUUUAUCGAUGUGGUCCUCUUAUCGAUCUCUGCCGUGGACCACAUGUUAGACAUACAGGUUGUAUAAAGGCUCUAUCAGUCACCAAAUGUAGUUCCUCUUAUUGGGAGGGUCGCACGGACGCGGAAACUUUACAACGUGUCUAUGGUGUUUCAUUUCCAGAUCCAAAACGUUUGAAAGAAUGGAAACACAUUCAGGAAGAAGCAGCUAAACGUGAUCAUCGUAAACUUGGAGUUGAACAAAAAUUGUUUUUCUUUCAUGAAUUAUCUCCUGGUAGUUGUUUUUUCUUGCCUGCUGGUGCACAUAUCUAUAAUACAUUAGUUUCAUUUAUUCGUUCUGAAUAUUGGAAACGUGGUUUUCAAGAAGUAAUCACUCCAAAUAUUUAUAAUUCUGCAUUAUGGGAACAAAGUGGACAUUGGCAACAUUAUAGUGAAAAUUUAUUUAAAAUUGAAGUUGAGAAGCAAAUAUUUGGUUUAAAACCUAUGAAUUGUCCUGGUCAUUGUUUAAUGUACGCGAAAGAGAUUCGUUCACAUAAAGAAUUACCAUUGCGUUUUGCUGAUUUUGGUGUAUUACACAGAAAUGAAUUCUCAGGUGCUUUAUCUGGUCUUACUCGUGUUCGUCGUUUUCAACAGGAUGAUGCGCAUAUAUUUUGUCGUGAAGAUCAGAUUAAAGAUGAAAUCAAGAGUUGUUUGGAUUUUUUGGGUCAUGUGUACGGUUUAUUUGGUUUCUCGUUUGAAUUAUACUUAUCUACUCGUCCAGAGAAAUUCAUGGGUGAAAUUGAAAUGUGGGAUCGUGCUGAAAAGGUAUUGUUUUCCAGCGUUUUAUAUCCAGUGUAUACAAAAUAAGUUAAUUUUUCAGUGAUUCCAUUAUAAUGAAAGAAGAGGGCUUUAAGACAAGUGAUUUUUGUGUUGCAUUAUGUCCUUGUUUCUUUAUGAUUCACAACUUGAUUUUAGAUGUUGUCUGAAUUCUGCAAGAUUCCUGAACAAUUGUAUCUAAGUCUUAUACACGUUAGUCAGUCAGUCAUGCACCACAUAGAACCUGGCACACAUGUACAUCGAUCCAAGUUGUCAUACCAUGCUAUAACAGCGAGAUAAAAUUGUUUCAAGACAAAUUUCACAGUAGUAGAUGUAGUAACAGCAUCAGUAGUAGUAGAAAAGUUUAUUUAUAAAAAAUAUAAUAGAAUCGUAAAAAUAAUCUUCGGGACUCAGGUUCUAAAGAAAGACAAGAAAUAAAUUCAUCUGCACCAACCAAGUAGUCAACACCUAUAAAUAUGGCUCAAUGAAAUUAACAGUGACUGCAAUGAAAAUAUACUGAUGCCACACUUUUGUUUUGCUGCUCCUAGCAUUCUUCCAGUCUACUCCUACACUAACUACCAUCACGCGUUAGUAGUAGUUUAUGUUGGAAUAAUCAUAGAUCCACACUAUCGAGUUGAUUGUUUACAGUAACAGUUCACUAUUUUAUCGACUGCAUUCAAAGUUCAUUAUCGAAACAUUCAUACACAUAGAUGUGAGUAAUUUUUCCCUGUCGAUAGCUUUCCUUCCCAAUUGGAUAAAACUUAUUUUCAACCGUUUUUGAUAUUGUCAAUAUGAAUUUUAAGAAUAUAUACAGUAUGUUCCCCAGAAGUAUUCCUUAAAUAAAGUAAAGAAUUAAAUGUUCAUAUACUCACUACCCUAUGCCUAAAUAUAUUCAUUAUAAUAAUUUCUAGUUGAAAAAUUAUUAAAUUUCCACAGCAUUCAUUAAUCUUUAGAUUAUUUCGAACAACAGAUUGAUUAGUUUAAACAACGGAUCAACAGUAGCGUAAAAUUCAAAUUCAUAAUCGCUGUAUUAUCUAAAGGUUAUUCAGUCGAAUUACUUGACUGUCAGUCAUUUUGUGUCGUUACAAUUUAUCAGAAAAAAAAGAUAAUUCUAUCUACUUUAUGUGUUUCUGACACUAGCAUCAAUUCCAAAGGCCGUAUAUACUUUCUCAAUCAAAAUAAUGUAUGUGUAAGUGUUUUGAAGCAGAAUUGGAUAGUUGCUACAACUUUAAUGCAGGACACACAUUUCGUCGCAUUCGGGACUCAUCAGCUGGAUGUAAUUUUCACAUCCAAGUGUUGAUAUUCAUUGAGGGACUCAAACUUAAUACAUUUCACUUUAAACACCAACUUAUUUUCUAUCCAUUUUCUCACUUAGUCUAAAUAGCUAUUGGUUUGUUCAACGGGAAUAAAUCAUCAUUCAGUAGUAAGGGUUUAGAUCUUCUGGUUGUUGGAAUCAGUUGGUGAAUGGAUAUGGCAUUGGUGUCUAAGGCGAAGGGCAGUGGGUUUGAGUCCCGGGUUGAAUAAUAUACUUGGAUGCAGGUACUUCCAGAUGACGAAUCCCAACUGUGAUAGUAUGCGUUUCCUGGAUUCCAUUGCUAACUACUGUCCAGCUCUGCCUAAAAUACUUGUGAGUUAAUGACAGUUUCAAGGUAAUCCGCGCAAUAUGCACAUAUGACAAGAGUCUGAACAGUUGCAGAUAUUAACACCAAUAACCGAGAGUAUAUAUAUAUAUAUAUAUCCUUAAUCCAUGAAGUGCGUGCAUAUAUUAGUUCUUUUUUGUUUGCUUGCUUGCUUGUCUAACUAUAUGUUAGCAACUAAAAGAAAGUUUAGAUGAAGUUGGUCUGAAAUGGGAGCUUAAUCCUGGUGAUGGUGCAUUCUAUGGACCCAAAAUCGACAUAACCAUAAUGGAUGCUUUACGUCGUCGGCAUCAAUGUGCAACAAUACAAUUAGAUUUUCAAUUACCAGUCAGAUUUAAUCUUUCUUAUGCCAGGUAUGCUUUAUCUAUUUUUAAAUCAAUUAUGAAUCAGUCUUAGCAACUAUUUGUAUGUAGAUAUAGUUAGUGAUUUUAUUGUAAUAUUCAUUCAGUUAGUAAUUCGGCAACAGAACCUGGUACGUAUGUGCAACAGUUCAAAUCAAUUAGAUUUUCAAUUACCAAUCAGAUUUAAUCUUGCUUAUGCGAUAUAUGCCUUAUCUAUCUUCUAUCAAUAAUGAGUCAGUUUUUCUCAUCAUGAUUUCAGUUUUAGCAAUUAUUUGGGUGUAGAUACAGUUAGUGAUUUUAUUGUAUUAUUCAUUCAGUUAGUCAUUCGGCAACAUAGAGCGUGGUACAUAUGUGCAACAGUUCAAAUCAUUACAUCAUAUUAUCUACAAUUGUUAUGCAUAUAUCAAAUAUCUAAAGAUGACGGUGUAACUGUGUCGUGUUUUCUUUUAAUGCAAAGAUAAGAGAGAUCACAAACGACCUGAUAUCUCUAGCUACACUUGUGCAUGUUAUUAUCAUUCGGAAUUAGGUACGUGUGUCAUAGAAACGAAUGAUGAAGAAUAAUUGUUGAUCAAAUAAGUUCUAUACGUAGCUGGAUUUUUCUCAGUAUAAAUGUCUCAAUUUUAUGGGACUAAUAUGUCUUCUUAAAUGAAAGCUCAAAUCAGUUUCCUUGACACUUCUAAUAACCAUUAUCAGUCUACACGGCAAAUUGAGCGCUAGAGUAAAGGCUCGGAAUGUGAGAAGAACGCUUUACUCCAAGAUUAGUUCAUGUAGAGAAAGUCGAGGAUAUUCAUAGUGUUUCAGAUAGCUCUGGGCUUCUGGGAGAUUCUGGAAUCGUACUAAAUAUAGUCGCAGCAUUGGUAAUUUUCCAGUCAGAAAUGUGACACAUGACUCUUCACUUACCAUAUGUUUUUGACGAAUAUCUCUUAAACACUGAUUGGAUAAGAUGCUUUACAGCGCUUUAAGUGUCCCUCUGGACUUUCUCGAUGAACUUUUCUCCCCAACAAGCACAUAUGCUAAGGACAACUCAAGUUAUCCAGCUUUUCUCUUUGUUAUUACGUGUCAGUUCUUCAGAGAAAUAAUCUCUAUGACAUUUUGCUAUGUCAUACUUCUGUAAUGAUCUUUGCUGUUAUCAUCUCAUUGGUUGUUGUCGCAUUUUUAAGGUUUGGUUCGUCAUAUGCCUGAAAGUCAUUGCAUGUUACUAUAGAACAAGAGUUAUUCUUUUCUCAUCGUUCAACAUCUGUACGGAAUUUAAAGUUAUCCCGUCCGCUCUAGUUAUAUUGAAUUACCACAGUGUUAUUUUUAUUAUUGCGUGUCAAAUGUUCGGUCUAUUUGAUUUUUUUUGUUGCGUUAUACCAGAAAAAUCUUAAAAUCGUUCACAGAUAAGAAUUUAUCGUAGGCUAAUUGGAAACUUUAAUAGGCUUAAUCGUUUUAUCAAUCAUUUAACAAUAUAAACACGUCUACUAUAAGUAACAUAAUGGAAUAGGUGAUCUGAAAUUGUUUCAUUCACUGCACUUCAUCUAAUGUCUCAAUGACGUAGUGAUUAUAAAGAAUACCGAAUCAUUAGUUAAUGAGCUUAACUUUCAACUGGGUAUUAACAGUUUUCAACAAUCGCAUUUUGCUUAAUUCAGUUUUAGUCACUCACAUAAGAUCACGCUAGAAAUUAAUACUUAAAUUCUAAUAUAUCCUCUUAUACUUCAUUGGAAUAAUUUUUAAAUCAUUAUUUGACCUUAAAUUUCUAUCGAUGUCAAUGUAACUAAUGCUUUUGUCAAGCUUUUCUUUUUAGUUGUUGUUAUUAAGUUAAGGUAGUUGAAAUUACAUUGACAGCAAAUCUUAAAUCUGUUUUGUGUUAGUGGAUAUUUGUUAACAAACGUAUCUCUAAUCUUAUAGGUCCUGACAUUCUUCAUUAAUGCAUAUACAGUAUCAUAGUCUGAGAUGUUACAACUGUACUCUUCAAAUUCUUGUUGACUUCUUAUAGGACUGAGAUAUUUAUAUUUAUUUAUUUCAACGUAGUAUAGAAUAUAUUUGUCAAGUCUUUUGUGUUUCUCGAAUUUAACUGUUACUUGCUAUCAAAUUCUUUGUGUAUUAUUCACUCUUCCAUUGAUUUCUCAUCGUUGAUUUAAAUAUUUGUGAGAUUUUAAAUUCAUCUGCUCUUGUUGUACAUAUUCUUUGUUCCUGCUGUUAUCCUCUAGAGUGUAUCUGUCGUGCGUGUACAGUAUCCCGUUACUAUAUAAUUUUACUCUUUGAAAAUAGGGCUGUAGAUCUAAAUUUAAAUUCUCAAUAUACAUACGAUAUGCUUAUAAUGCAUGCAUUGUACCCAUAUUCUUAACUGUAUAGUUUAUUUUCUGGAUCAAAUCUAUUUUUUAAAAGGGAAGACGAGUGUAGUGUAUGCUACUUAUAUCGAAAAAUAUAAGCAAUAUGUAGCAGCAGCAUUCGGAAGUGGAAUGCCUGUCAGCAGAGGAUUGAGAAGAUCGAAUUGAAGAGAACAGAAAGGAAGACAGAGUAAUUGUAAUAACAACAGGAUUGAAAUAAUCGUGUAAAGGACAACCGAAGGAAAAUUUGCAAAUCAUGUAUUUAUUGCACGAUUUUAAUGCUUUACGAAAGCGCUUUGUGAUUUCGCACUAAUCAAUGAAUUGAUUGUCUCCACCGAUUCCUCGGUCACUCCACUACUACUGAAAUAAUUAUUCUUAAACCAAUAGAAUAAUAUUGUUUCCAAAUCGAUUCUCACCUCAGGUUUUUAUUCCGAACGGUUACAUGAGCUAAAGAUAUGAGCGUUGUGAGGAAAAAAACAAACAUAGUUGAAUUCUUCGAUAAUCUAACUUAGUAGUUGUGUAAGAGUUUGCUGUAGGUAGCCUUUUCGUUUCUAUCUAUUUUAUAUACAUAUUUACUCAUAUUAUAUCCUAAUAACUUUUCAUCUGUACAUGUUGUUUUUUCUUUAUCAGUGAAACUGAUAAUCCUUCUGGGAGUGAUAAUAAUUAUAAUAAUGUAUCGAACACAACAAAUGGUAUAUCUGACCAUCAUGAAGCAACCAAUCAUCAAACUGACUUAAACAUUCACCGACCUGUCAUUAUUCAUAGAGCUAUUUUGGGUUCAGUCGAGCGAAUUAUAGCGAUUCUCACAGAAUCUUAUGGAGGUAAUAUUUGUAUAUAUGUAUAUAUAAGUGUAUGAAGACGAAGGAAUAGUUUUCAGUUCAUUACGGGUUAUCUAUUUUAUAGCUCCUCGUUAGCCUACAUUUUUUAAAUCGACAGUUCGGAAAAAAAUUACUAAUCGAAAUCCCGGAUUUCUUCUUUCCUAAUUCGCGAAUCCUAGUUCGCCUAUCGACUUAUUGCUCAAUUUAACCAUUAGGAUAACUAGGCUUGCACGAUUAACCUUCAGGAUCAACAAAAUAAUUUCGAUCAUCACUGGUCCACCGAUAUAAACAUAUACAUUUUACUAUUCUUAGUCUUCAAUCCGAUGAUGCAACUCCGAAAACAGAUGGUGCAGUAGUAUAUCUUUUAUGAAUCAACGAAUACAAUAAUAUGGAUUAAUUUUCUGGGUUGCACAUCGAUAUGACUAUGAAAUUACAAAGUUAGUAUAACUACGCCAAAUGUGCAAGUAAAUGGAGGAGAAUUACGUAUGUUUGAUUAGCCAUAUUUAAAGAAUAAUAAAACUUGUACAGCAGUAAUUUAUAGAUCCACUGGAAGCUUACAAUAAGUAGAAUACAGACGCACAAUAAUUCAGUUCUCUAAUGAUUAUACAAUACCAAUCUAAAUGAUAAAUAUAUAUUAGUUGUUUGGAUUUACCCAUUGAUGUUUAACACUAAUUGAUCAGUCUCUUUUGGAAUAUAUGGAUCCUAUGCCGAUUGCCUCGAUAGUGCCAUCAAGCCACAAGCAUUGUAAGCAGGGAUGGAUAGUGGCUAGCGGUGGAACUGAGGAAGCGGGUUUUAUUCUGUUUGAGACUCCUCAGCUGGAUGUACCUAGGUCCUAGUAACCCGUAAAAUAAAAUAGCCCCAAAAGUUACGCUUUCUUUGAACUUCCAUCCGUCCCAAUAUUGUAUGUGUAUAUAUCAUAUCAUAGGGAAAAACAGGAUAUUCUGUUAUAAUUUAUUUUAUAUAUGAUUCACCUAUAUUUUAUUCAUUUUGCAUAUUUUUUUCUCUUGUACUGUCCCAGGGAAAUGGCCAUUUUGGCUUAGCCCCCGUCAAGCUUUAGUAAUCCCUGUUGUUUCAGCAUGUGAUGAAUACGCGAUAGAUGUAACAAAUCGUUUACAUGAUGCCGGCUUUAUGGUUUCCGUUGACACAGAUCCUGGUCGUACUUUAAAUAAAAAAAUUAGAAAUGGACAGUUGCUUCAAAAUAAUUUUAUUCUAGUGGUUGGUGAAAAAGAAAUUACUAAUGGAACUGUCAAUGUUCGUACACGGGAUAACAAAGUUCAUGGUGAGCAUCCUGUUGAACAUGUUAUUGAACGUUUUCGUCAGUUGGCGGCAUCAAGAACGCUGGAAGCAGAACAAGAAUUUUAAUGAAAUAUACAAGUUACUAAACUAAUUUCAGUGUAAUUGAACAUUGUCAUUGUUAAUUCCAUUAUGUGUAUUACA